AUGACGAGGAACCGGAAUAACCCUGGACCAUCGAAUACCAAUGCUCAGGAAGAACCUGUUUUGGCUGCUCUAGUUAGGCCCCGAGGUGGUCGUGGGGCAACCGACGGGCAGUCGGAUCCCGUGGCUGAAACACUUGCAGCCGUGCAAAGGGAAUUGGCUGCUAAGGGUGUAGUGGGUAACAAUGAGGGUGAGGCCAAUCACCAUUCUGGAAGUCAUAGUCAUCACACCGAGGUUCGUCAACCACGUGUUGAGCAUGUUGAUGAACACGAAGCUGAAGAAAGAAGAUUGACAGCUUUUCGAAAACACAAACCUCCUUCUUUUAAAGGAGGCUAUGACCCAACGGCGACAGCAAAAUGGCUCCAGGCUAUGGAGAAGAUCUUCAGGGUGAUAAGAUGCCCUGAUGCAAUGAAGUUGGUUUAUUCCGUGUAUAUGCUAGAAGAGGAAGCUGAGGAUUGGUGGACUAAUACCGUGCAUCCCUUAGAAGCUGAAGGCCGGGAAAUCACCUGGCGGUUGUUUGAGACGUUGUUCUUGGAUAACUACUUCCCUAGGAAGGCUAGGGAGCAAAAGCAGAAUGAGUACAACGAUCUAAAGCAAGGGUCGAUGUCAAUUGACCAAUACUUUGCUAAAUUCAACGAGUUGGUGAAAUACGCCAACUAUGGGCGAGCCCUACCUACUUCAGCUGAGAUGACCUCCAAGUUUCAAUGGGUAUACAAUGUGUCCAAGACCAAGAAGCCUUCUGAGACCCAAGCACCGAAUGCCAAUAGAGCAACGGGCUCAAAUUAUUGGAAGGACAAGAAGAUGAAGGGUAAAAAGAUGAAUGUGAACAAUCCGUUUAACUUGUUCAAAAAGCCUGGAACUCAAAAGAAUUUUGUUGAUAGAGGCCCUCUUCCCAAGUGUAAAGGGUGUGGAAAAGAACAUAGAGGUCCGUGUGCUACGGGUGAAGUUAUUUGCUAUAAGUGCGGAAGAGCCGAUCACUACUCUAGACAGUGUCCUCAGAAUGAAGUGAGGACUAUGGCAGUUCAAGCUACUGCUGUUCCUGUCUCAGUUGUUCCACCUUUGAUGGAGUCACAGACGGUUGGUAGAAUAUACACCAUGGACUGUCAACAAUCCGAAAAGGCUCCAAACCUUGUGAAAGGAAGUGGGCUCAAGGGAUUAGAGGAUCUUCUAUGA